AUGUCUGUGGUCACCGUUCAAACCAAGCCCUUCGAGGGUCAGAAGCCCGGUACCUCGGGCCUUCGUAAGAGAGUCAAGGUCUUCUCGCAGCAGCACUACACUGAGAACUUUGUCCAAGCCAUUCUCUCUGCCAUCCCCACCGGUGCAGCCAACUCCACCCUUGUCGUUGGUGGUGACGGUCGAUACUUUUCCAAGCCCGCCAUUCAAGCCAUCAUCCGUCUCGCCGCCGGUAACGGAGUCUCCAAGCUGAUCAUCGGUCAAGAUGGUAUCCUUUCCACCCCUGCCGCUUCCCACGUCAUCCGCUCGUACAAGGCUACAGGCGGUAUCCUCCUUACCGCAUCCCACAACCCCGGUGGACCCGAAAACGAUUUCGGUAUCAAGUACAACAUGGAAAACGGUGGUCCCGCUCCGGAAUCCGUCACCAACAAGAUCUUCGAUAUCACCAAGACCAUCUCUGAAUACAAGAUCGUCGAAGGCCCCCAAGUCAACCUCUCCCAAAUCGGCGAAACCACCUUUGGCGAUUUGAAGAUUCAGAUCAUUGACAAUGUGAAGGACUACGUCGACUAUCUGGCUGAGAUCUUUGAUUUCGAGCUGAUCAAAAACUUCCUUCAGACUUCUGGGUUCACGGUUCGAUUCGAUGCUCUGCACGGUGUGACGGGUCCUUAUGGAAGAGCGUUGUUCGUGGAGAGAUUCGGAUUGCCCGAAUCUUCGAUUCAGAACUGUGUUCCCUCGGAGGACUUUGGUGGUGGACACCCUGAUCCUAACCUUACCUAUGCCAAGUCGUUGGUUGAUGCGGUGGAGAAGGAAAACAUCUCUUUCGGUGCUGCCUCGGAUGGUGAUGGUGAUCGAAACAUGAUCAUUGGUAAAGGUGCAUUCGUUAACCCUUCCGACUCGGUGGCUAUUAUUGCUGAUUGGGCACAAAAAGCGAUCCCUUACUUUAAGGGCGGUAUCAAGGGUCUUGCUCGUUCGAUGCCUACUUCUGGCGCUAUUGACCGGGUUGCAGCUAAGAACGGAUACGAAUGCUUCGAAGUCCCCACCGGUUGGAAGUUCUUUGGUAACCUGAUGGAUGCGGGACAACUCUCGAUCUGUGGUGAAGAAUCGUUCGGUACCGGUUCCGAUCAUAUUCGUGAAAAGGACGGUCUUUGGGCUGUCGUUGCUUGGCUUUCCAUCCUUGCUGCUGCUAACAAGGAAGAGCCUGGUACUUCGGUUUCAGAUGUUCUGCUCCGCUUCUACAAACAGUACGGCCGAAACUUUUUCUCUCGUUACGACUACGAAGAGGUCGACUCCGAGGGUGCGAACAAGCUCAUGGCUCACCUUCGCGAGCAAUUCGAAAGCUCUUCCUUCAAGGGUACUAAGUUGGGCGAAUUCGAAGUGGAGGAGUCGGGAGACUUCAGCUACACCGACCCAAUCGAUGGAAGCGUUAGCAAGAACCAGGGUUUGUACAUCAAGUUCGUCGAUGGUAGCAGAAUUAUCUUUAGAUUGUCGGGUACGGGUAGUGCGGGUGCAACGAUCAGGUUGUAUGUGGAGAAAUACUCGGACGAUGAGAAGGAGUUCGAUGCGGAUGCUCAGGUAGGGUUGAAGCCGUUAAUUGAGCAAGCAUUGAAGGUAUCCAAGUUGAACGAGUUCACUGGUCGGGAGAAGCCUACUGUUAUCACUUAA